AUGUGGCCAGGCACGGGGGUGCCGAAGGCAACACAAAGCUCGCAUGUUGCAAGGUAUGUGGCUAGGCACAGAGGUGCCGAAGGCAACACAAAGCUUGCGUGUUGCAAGGCAAUGUGGCUAGGCAAUGGAUUGUAUGGGUGCCGAAGGCAAUAUAAAGCUUGCGUGUCGCAGAGCGAUGUGGCUAGGCACGGGGGGUGCCGAAGGCAACACAAAGCUUGCGUGUCGCAAGGCAAUGUGGCUGAGCACGAAGGUGCCGAAGGUAACACAAAGCUUGCACGUCGUAGAGCGAUGUGGCUAGGCAUGAUGGUGCCGAAGACGACACAAGAUGUGGCUAGGCACGAUGGUGCCGGAGGCGACACAAAGCUUGCGUGUCGCAAGGCAAUGUGGUUAGGCAUGAUGGUGCCGAAGGUGACACAAGAUGUGGCUAGGCACGGGUGUGCCGAAGACAACACAAAGCUUGCGUAUCGCAGAGCGAUGUGGCUAGGCACGAUGGUGCAGGAGGCGACACAAAGCUUGGGUGUCGCAAGGCAAUGUGGCUAG